GGGGGAGUCUCGCCGGGGGCGGGACCUCGGGAGCGCGAGAGCGCGGCCGGUUGUGUCGCGCGCGGAACCGCGGCGGGUUGCUGGCUGACUGUCCCGGAGUGGCUGGAGUUCCCGCCGGAGCGCGGCCAGACUCAUUUUAGAAAAUGCCAAAUAGAAAGUUUGCCGAGGGUGAAGUGGUCAGAGGUCGGUGGCCUGGGAGCUCCCUUUAUUAUGAAGUACAAAUCCUGAGCCAUGACAGCAAGUCCCAGCUGUACACUGUAAAGUACAAAGACGGCACUGAACUGGACCUGAAGGAGAGUGACAUCAAGCCUUUAAAAUCCUUUAAGCAAAGGAAAAGUGGCUCAACUUCCAGCUCCCCCUCACGACGCCGAGGCAGCCGAUCAAGGUCACGGUCACGUUCCCGAUCCCCCGGCAGGGCGCCGAAAGGUCCCAGAAGAUCUGCCUCUGCUUCCCACCAGGCUGACAUUAAGGAAAUGAGGAGGGAAAUUCUGCAAGUUAAAUUGACGCCGCUUGUAUUGAAGCCGUACGGAAACAGCAUCCAUAUAUACAACGGGGACCCUGAGCGUGUGGAGAGGAAUGACGUAUCUCAUAAAAACAAGCAGGAAAGCGUCAUUUUGCCACCAGAAGUCAGUUCUAUAGCUACACAGUACAGCCUUCGUCCAAGAAGAGAAGAGGUCAAAGUCAAAGAGAUAGAGUCCAAGGAACAGAACCUUGUCAGCAGAGUACCUGCACCUCUGGAAACCUUUCAAGCGAGCACUGUGCAGCGGAAGGACCUGGAGUUUGGCGGGGUGCCUGGUGCGUUGCUUGUCAUGCUGGGCCUGCCGGCCUUCCUGCUGCUGCUGCUGCUGCAGUGCAGGCAGAAGGACCCCAGUCUGCUGAGCUUCCCACCUCCGCUGCCUGCCGUGGAUGAUUUGUGGGAAACCAGAGUGUGUGCUGUCUACCUCCUCUGGGUUUUUGUUCAAGCUCUCUUCUACCUGUUGCCAAUUGGGAAGGUUGUAGAAGGAACACCUCUUGUUGAUGGAAGAAGACUCAAGUAUAGACUAAAUGGGUUCUACGCCUUUGUCCUGACAUCUGCAGUUGUGGGAGCGUCUCUCUUCUGGGGUGUAGAGCUCUGUUACUUGCACACUCACUUCCUUCAGUUUGCACUUGCAGCCACUGUGUUCUCAGUGGUCUUGAGCGUUUAUCUCUACGCCCGCUCUUUGAAAGCCCCCAGGGGUGAGCUGUCACCUGCCAGUUCUGGAAAUGCUGUCUAUGACUUCUUCAUCGGCCGUGAAUUAAAUCCUCGAAUUGGUGCUUUUGAUCUCAAAUACUUUUGUGAAUUGCGCCCCGGAUUGAUUGGCUGGGUGGUAGUGAACUUGGUGAUGCUUUUGGCUGAAAUGAAAGUACAGGAACGUAGUGCCCCAUCCUUGGCAAUGAUCUUGGUUAAUAGUUUCCAGCUCUUGUAUGUGGUGGACGCCCUCUGGAAUGAGGAAGCACUGCUGACCACCAUGGACAUCAUCCACGAUGGCUUUGGUUUCAUGCUGGCCUUUGGGGACUUGGUGUGGGUUCCAUUCACCUACAGCCUCCAGGCCUUUUACCUGGUCAGCCAUCCCCAUGACUUGUCCUGGCCAUUGGCUUCUGUCAUCGUUGCUCUGAAACUUUGUGGAUAUGUAAUCUUCCGUUGUGCAAACUCUCAGAAAAAUGCAUUCCGCAAGAAUCCUGCUGAUCCAAAGCUUGCACAUUUGAAGACCAUUCAUACUUCCACAGGAAAGAGUCUGCUUGUUUCUGGAUGGUGGGGCUUUGUUCGCCAUCCCAAUUACCUGGGUGAUCUCAUCAUGGCUCUGGCGUGGUCCCUCCCAUGUGGGUUUACCCACCUCCUGCCGUACUUCUAUGUCAUCUACUUUACCGUCCUGCUGGUCCACCGAGAAGCCCGUGAUGAGCACCAGUGUAGGAGGAAGUACGGCCUGGCCUGGGAGAAGUACUGCCUGCGAGUGCCCUACCGCAUAGUCCCUUACAUUUACUGACCUGUGCUCGGAUGCCACCACUGGUCAGACCCUCCCUCUUACGGAAACAAGGAAAAGUCCAGAGUGAAUUAACUUGAUGCACUGACGGGAUCUCUGGGGUUUUUUUGUUUGUUUGUUUUUUGUCUUUUCCAGUCAGGACUAUAGAGGCAAAUAGUAAUCUUUUAAUGUGGUUGUGUUUAUUCACAUUAAAAUAUAGCAGCUAACAAGGGGGAAAUUCAAAGAUGAUAUAAUUUGGUUAAUAGGAAAAGUUUAAUCCCUAAAAAUCUGAAGUCUUAUUUUUGUAUUUUAAAAAAAAAAAUUU